CUCAGCGUGUUGUGCGCCAUGGCUGCCACCGUCGCACUUCUACCAGCGUGCCCGCUCCCCGACCGCGCACCCCCGCCAGAGCCUGUCGCCCAAGCUGUCGCCACCCUCCUCCCCUCCCACAUCCCAGAGAACGCACCCGAGCACUGCCCCGGCACCGAGUCGACCGAGGCCGGCCUCGCACCAGGCUGCGCCGGCUGCCCGAACCAGGACGCGUGCGCCACCGCCCCAAAGGGCCCCGACCCGGACCUCGCCCUCGUGCACGACCGCCUGCGCGACGUCAAGCACAAGAUCCUCGUCCUCAGCGGCAAAGGCGGCGUCGGCAAAUCGACCGUCAGCGCCAUGCUCGGCUGGGCCCUGUCUGAAGGCGUCGAGGGCGAGAACGACACGGGCCUCAUGGACGUCGACAUCUGCGGGCCCUCGCUCCCGCUCCUCUUUGGCCUCGAGGGCCAGCGCCUCCACUCGACGUCGAGCGGCAUCCUCCCCAUCCCCGUCACAUCGUCCCUCUCGCUCGUCUCGAUCGGCUUCCUCCUCCCGGCGUCCAACAGCGCCGUCAUCUGGCGCGGCCCCAAGAAGAACGGCCUCAUCAAGCAGUUCCUCAAGGAUGUCGAGUGGGGCCCGCUCGAGCACCUCGUCAUCGACACGCCGCCGGGCACCUCGGACGAGCACCUGUCGGUCGUCCAGUACCUCGCCGCCGCAGGAGGCGUCACGGGCGCCGUCAUCGUCACGACCCCGCAGGAGGUCGCCCUCCAGGACGUCCGCAAGGAGCUCGACUUUUGCCGCAAGGCCGGCGUCCCCGUCCUCGGCGUCGUCGAAAAUAUGAGUGGCUUCGUGUGCCCGUCGUGCGGCGGUGAGAGCGACAUCUUUGUCCCCUCGACCGGCGGCGCGGCCGGCCUCGCGAGCGAGUGGGGGAUCGAGGUCCUCGGCCAGGUGCCGCUCGACCCGCGCAUCGGCAAGAGUGGCGACUUUGGCCAGAGCUUCCUCGAGGAGUACCCGGACAGCCCGGCGAGCGUCGCGUACCGCCAGGUCGUUGCCCGUAUCAAGGACAAGCUUGCCGACGGCUCGGCCAAGGUGCUCGUCUGAGCGUCUCUACAUCGAGCCGCCGUUUCCUCGUUCGCCAUUGCCUUUCACCCUCGUCGCCGUCGCUCUCCCAGGUUGUUGUACUGCGCGCUUUCUCUCAUCUCGCACUAGACGUGCCCUCCCGCAAUGCAUGUAGCCCUCAGGU